AUGGCGGCCCCGCCCCCAGCAGCCCGCUGCAGCAGCAGCAGCAGCAGCAGCAGCAGCGGCCGCCGGCGCAGCACGCGCAAGCGCAGCAGCCCCCGCGCCGCCAGCAGCAGCGCUCCCGCCCCCCGCCCCGCCCCCCGCAGCAGCAGCGGCAGGAGGAAGCUGCGUCGGCUGUGCGUGCUGGGGAUCUGCGCCGCGCUGUGCUGCAGCAGCAGCAGCAGCAGCAGCAGCAGCAGCAGCAGCAGCAGCGCGUGGGGCGCGUGGGGGCUGCGGAGCGUGGAGACGCCCAGCUCGCUGGCGAGCAGCACGGGCCUCUACCUGACAGACGCAGAAGUGGAAAGCGCAGGAGCAGCAAAGCUGGGGUUUCGCGAAGACAGCAGCUGCCUGCUGGGGGCCCCCGCGCCAGCCAACCUUGCUGCAGCGCAGCAGCAGCAGCAAGUGGCCCCCUUUCUGUGGGGCUUCCACAAAGAAGACCAAGUCUUCAUGGGGGCCGAGCUGCAGGCCCGCCAAACGAAAGGGCCCGAGUUCCCGGGGAGAGAAAGUCAAAGUUUUUUGUCUUUUAGAAUUCCCGAAGAGACUUUCGAGAACGGAAAGGCUUUGCUGCGCCUCUUCACGCUGCCCCCCGACAGCAGCAGCAGCAGCAGCAGCAGCAGCGGCAGCUGCAGCAACCCCACGCUCGCCGUCACCCGCAUGCUCGACGACAGCUACCGCAACGCCAGGGACGACUCCCGCGCCAGCACCGAGCAGGUCCAGCAGCAGCAGCAGGUGCAGCAGCAGCAGCAGGAGCAGCAGCAGCAGCAAGCAGCAGCAGCAAACCAGUACGAGGAAAUCGACAUUUCUUCUCUUUUCUACGGAAAGGGCCUCAAGGGGGGGAACCUCCACCUGCGGAUUCGGCAGCAAAGUCAGAACUGCCUCACAGACUUCGCCCCCCCCGGCAGCAGCAACCCCCCGCUGCUGCUGCUGCAGGUGCUGCGUGCUGCUGCUGCUGAUGCUGCUUACGACAGCUGGGGCCCUUUUGCUGCAUGCAGGGCCUCCUGCAGGUCCCCCCAAAACCACCAGUGCCGCAAGAGGGCCUGCAUGCCGGGGGUGGGGCUUGGGGCUGCAUGCGACCCGCAGCAAAUGCUGCAGAUCAUUCCCUGCACUGCUGCUGCUGCUGCUGCUAGCUGCAGCUGCACCCAGCUCCAGGCCGAGGGCCUCUGCCCCCUCAACGCCGAGUGUACAGACACCGCAGACGGCGCCGUCUGCUCCUGCCCUGGCACCUUCCGCAGGGAGAGCUUCGGCACGGAAACCAUUUGCGAUCUCUGUAACCAUUUGCUGCUGCUGCUGCUGCUGCUGCUGGUUGUGCGGCGGAGGGGACGGCUGCUUGGGCGGGUUGCGCUGCUGCCGCUCAUUCCGGUGAUGCGGGUCGUGCUGGCUAUGGCUGGCUGGGGCGCCUUUGCUGCUGCUGCUACUCAUGCUGCUGCGUGUGCUGCUGCUGCUGCUGCUGCUGCAGCAAUGGUGAAUGGAACGAACAGCACAACGACAUACACGUCUUGGAGCACUGCAGCAACAGCAGCAGCAGCAGCAGCAGCAGAAGCAGCAGGAAACAACAGCAACAACAAACUUUGGAUUAUUAUUGGCUGCGUCGGCGGUGUGGUGCUGCUGGCCUGCGCCGUCUUUAUUGUGAUGCAGCCAAAGGGGCCCCCCCGCAGGGGCCCCAUGCCCCCCGAAAUGGGGGGGGCCCCCCAGGACUUUGGGGGCCCCUAUUGGCAGGGGGGCCCCCAGGGUAUGCCCAUGGGGUACUCUCCGGGGGCAGGGGGCCUCGGGGGGAGGCCCCUGGGCCCCCCCCGGGGCUUUUAG